UUUUCGCUUGUUCCCACAAUUAAUAAAACAAAGGUGCCACACACUUUCCAAAUUGGCAAAUUCAAGAAACAAUUCUCUGUCAUUAGCAACCAGCCAAACGUAAAGAGGCACUUUGGACGAUAAUAAGGUAACACAAAAGAGGGGUCCAAAGAAUGUCAAAAUGGGCAGCGGCUAUUCUUCAUCUUUUUCACAAAGCAGCAGCACUUGCUUAACACACUAUUGUGCUACCGCUCCUUUUCAACUCCAAGAAUCACACUCAAACUCUUUAAAUUUCUGCUCAGCCACUAGAUUCUUGGAACCCCAUCUUCACAAAUCUUCCAAAAUUUUAAUACCUAAAUCCCCAUUUUCGGCAAUCUUGCCAUUGAAGUGUGCUAAAAAAAUGCAGACCCAAGUGGAAGAUUCUGUGAAACCCAUUGUUGAUCCUCAUGAUAUUGACCCGAAAUUGCUGCAGAAACUUUCUUAUGAUGCACUUGUCUUUUGCUCUCUUCGUGGUCUUGUUGUUGGUGACAGGAAUUCAGAGAAAUCAGGAACUGUUCCUGGUGUUGGUAUGGUUCAUGCUCCAGUUGCUCUUUUACCAAUGUCAUUCCCUGAAAGUCAAUGGAAGCAAGCUUGUGAAGUUGCUCCAAUUUUCAAUGAACUCGUCGAUCGUGUGAGUCAGGAUGGAGAAUUUUUGCAGCAAUCACUGUCUAGGUUGGUAAUUUUCUCAUUUGCACAUAAUUGCUACUGUGCUUAUUAUGCCCUUAAAAAUGUACUGAAACUGAAUGCACAAGUCUCUAGUAUAUAUGCCUGUAUACUUGUAAUAGUUUGUCCUGGCUGACAUAUAACAUAGUUCAGGUCUUUGGGGAUUGAAAGAGAUAA